AUGGCACUUUUAGCGCAAACAACAAACAUUUUAUGUGCUGUACAAGACACUCAUGCUAUACAGAACUUAGCGAUGCACGGGAUACUGCUCAAUGUAGUCUCCAUUUUGAAGGUUUUUCUCACAAAACACUUCGAUUAUUGGUAUAAUCUUGGAAUCCCCGAAGUACCUCCAAUAAUUUUUACAGGUUCAAAAGGCUUAGAUUUCAGAACUCCAAUGGGAAAAUUAGAUCAAAAAUGGUACGAAAAAUACGGCAAAAUUUUUGGUAUUUAUGAAGGUUUUACUCCAGUUCUUAUGAUAGCAGAACCAAAGUGGAUAAGGAAUAUUUUAGUUAAAGAUUUUCAAUACUUUGUGGAUUUAAGAACCCCUCUAUUUGUCGAUCCUAUUAUAGAUAGGAUGCUUUAUGUACAAACUGGUAAAAAAUGGAGACAAAUGAGAGUGUUGAUAACUCCUACUUUUACUUUUAGUAAAAUAAAAAUGAUGACCAAUUUAAUUAUUGAAUGCGCCCAAACUUUAGCAGAGAAUUUGUUUGAAGUUGCUGAAGNCUUUUAG